AUGGAAACAGCCCCGCAGGACCCGCAGGGGAAAAUCAUUGGUGUCUUCAAGCCCAAGAAUGAGGAGCCAUAUGGGCAUCUGAACCCCAAGUGGACCAAGUGGCUGCAGAAGCUGUGCUGCCCAUGCUGCUUUGGGAGAGACUGCCUUGUCCUGAACCAGGGCUACCUGUCAGAGGCGGGUGCCAGCCUGGUGGACCAGAAACUGGAACUCAACAUUGUUCCCCGCACAAAGGUGGUGUAUCUGGCCAGUGAGACCUUUAAUUACAGUGCCAUUGACAGGGUGAAAUCCCGAGGAAAGAGGCUGGCCUUGGAGAAAGUGCCCAAAGUUGGCCAGCGCUUCAACCGCAUUGGUCUGCCACCCAAGGUGGGCUCCUUCCAGCUUUUUGUGGAAGGCUACAAGGAUGCAGACUACUGGCUGCGGCGGUUUGAAGCUGAGCCGCUCCCAGAGAACACUAAUCGGCAGCUGCUGCUGCAGUUUGAGCGGCUGGUGGUGCUGGAUUACAUCAUCAGGAACACAGAUCGGGGCAAUGACAACUGGCUCAUCAAAUAUGACUGUCCCCUGGACAGCGCGGGCACGCGGGACACCGACUGGGUGGUGGUGAAGGAGCCCAUCAUCAAGCUGGCUGCUAUAGACAAUGGUUUGGCCUUUCCCUUGAAACACCCGGACUCCUGGAGAGCAUAUCCGUUCUACUGGGCAUGGCUGCCCCAGGCCAAAAUCCCCUUUUCACAGGAGAUCAAGGACCUGAUUCUUCCCAAGAUCUCAGACCCCAACUUUGUCAAGGACCUGGAGGAAGAUCUGUAUGAGCUCUUCAAGAAAGACCCUGGCUUUGACAGGGGACAGUUUCACAAGCAGAUUGCUGUCAUGAGAGGCCAGAUCCUGAACCUGACUCAGGCGUUGAAAGAUGGGAAGAGUCCACUGCACCUGGUUCAGAUGCCACCUGUGAUUGUUGAAACAGCGCGUUCCCACCAGCGCUCCGCCAGUGAGUCCUACACACAGAGCUUCCAGAGCCGGAAGCCUUUCUUCUCAUGGUGGUAGCUGUGAGAGCCCUGGGCAGGGCUUGGCCACCUUGGACUAGCACUGCAAGAAGAGUUGGGCCACUGCUGGUUCCUGUGGCUGGGACUCAACCUUCAGGGUAGAGCGAGCAGAUGUGGCUGGAGGAACCUGCAGCUGAACUGGAGGAGCCAGGCAGAUUGGGCAUGGUCCCUCCCUAGCUCCAUUGGAGCUUGAUGCCCUGCCAGGGGGAGGUGUGGGAAUCUGCCAGGAACUGUGGCAUGGCCGGGACCCUGCCCCUGCCUCUGUUCCUUGGCCUGCAUGUGGUUCUGAGCACCCCUGCUUGGCGCUGGGAUGAGCAGGUUACCUAAGCCAGGAUCCGUCCAGCCCUUUACACCAGCCACUGGCCCUUUUUUUUCCCCACCAUGCCAGCUGCUUGGCUGGGAAGGCCUUUAGCAGGUGAUACCCCCUCCGUUUCCCUGAGGGUGUGCUGUACUCCUCCACUGUCCCUCCGGUGCCCCAACCCCGUGCACGCUGCUUUCCUCAGGGGGAGUUCCUGCUGCCCACUGGUGUAGCGGGGACCACAAUGAACGGCUGUUCUCUGGCUAGAGGCUCGAGGAGGGGACAUAAGAGGGACUACACAUGGGACUGGCUUGGGUGCAGUUAGACACUAAGGGGAAAAAGGUGCUGGCUUGUCCCUGUGAAGAGCAGGCGGCUUUGCAGAGCUCUCCCUUGCGAGCUCUCCCCUUCUGCCCCAGUCCAUUUCUCCUGCCUGGUCUCCAUGGCUGCUCUCGCUUGACUUUUUCCCCUCUCCCAGCAAGCUCCCUGGCUGCUGUGCAGCCAGCAUGGUGCCAGCUUUGUCUGUGCCUAGGAACCCUCUGAAGGGCAAGGGCUGCCAGGGAAGGGCUGGAGGGCCUCUUCUGCCACGUGGGUGGGAGCACUGGGGGACCAGCAUGGACUCCUGGCUGCCCUGAAGCUGACAAUCUCACAGUCCUGCUGUGGGUGGGGGAGGCGGUGAGCCCCUCUCUCAUCAGCAGCUGCUGAGCUUGUGUUGUAUAAAACAGCACCAGGGCUGCUGCCUGCACCUGCUUGCCUUGAGCUGUGACUUCUCAGGCUGCUGGGGGAAGUCAGUGUUGGGUCUUUCUGUCCCGUUACCCUAUCUUUGGAGAGUGAGUGGGAUGAAGGCAGGUGAACCCGGGAAGGCAGAGCAGCUGCUUUGUCUCCUGCAGUGGGGAGGGGGCUCAGCACUGGCUGUGUAAGCACACAGGGGGCAGCAGUGGAGAUCCUAACUCCCCAGCCAGGCCCAGCUGCAUUUGACUGACCCAAAAUGUAUUGUUCUAAUGCACUGUAGAAAUGUAUGUAAUGUAUUUAAACCAUGCAACCGUCUGAAUAACAGAGCUGCCAUUCAGCUGGCUACA